AUGGAACUAUUUAACCACUUUCCUUCCAGAAGGUUCGGAUAAGAGUUGACUAAUCUUUAUUAUAGGCCUUAGACGAAAUUAAACUUGUCACAAUUGAAAAAGAAAGCGGAAUCAACUAAUACUUCAAUGAGACAUAAAUCUUAAAGAGACAUCAAUACUAAUAAUGUUUGGUACUAAGUGUCAAUAAAGAAAAGAACAAGUAGUUAACAUAGCAGUGGAGAUUCAGUCACUCAUCGAUAGAAAUCCUCUAGAUGUUCAAGCAGAAAUCAGACAAUAUAAACUGUGAGAUUUUGUGAUGUGAAAUAAUUAUUAAUCGACGAAUAGAAUAAGCAAUUUAUUGAAAAUAUUGACAUGGUAUACUCAAGUAAGCCUUAGUAUUGUAGUGUUUAUGCCUAUGAUAUCUAAGAAUAUUUGAAAUCUAUAGAAUUGACGUACUAAUUGAGUGUUCAAUAAUACUUUCAUCAUUAACCUUAAGUAACUCAAAAAAUGAGAACUAUUUUGGUAGAAUGGAUAAUAGACGUCUCUACAAAAUUCAGAUUGAAAUAAGAGACCUUGUUUUUAACUAUAAAUUUUCUUGAUCGAUACAUGUUGACAACUCCAGUUUCUAAGAAUAUAUUAUAACUAAUCGGUGUUUCAGCAUUAUUUAUAGCAAGUAAAUUAGAGGAGGUUCAUUAACUACUGGCAAAAGAUUUAGCAUAUAUCACAGAUAAAACAUAUACUAAAGAAUAAAUUAUACACACUGAAUCACUAAUCUUAAAAUAGCUAAACUUUAACCUCACAACUCCAACAAUAAUAUACUUUUUAACACGAUACUAAAAUAUAUGCCCUUUAAAUUUGAAGCAUUAUUAUUAGUGCCAAUUAUUGAUUGAACUUUAUCUAUUAUUACAGCCUUAAACACACAACAGUAGUUAAAUAGCAGCAGCUUCAUUUUGGUUAAUUCGGAAAUAAAAGAAAUACCAUCCUAUAUGGCCAUAAGAAUUAUAAAUCAUAAGUAAUUGUGAUGAAAAUAAAUUACAUCAAAGUGUUAAAGUUCUUUAGCAAUGUUAGUUAGAAUUUCAAACGAGAUAGAGCAUAUUUAACUCACUAUAUACUAAAUAUUCAUAGUAUAAAUAUUGCAGAAUAAUUAAUGUAUGA